UACACCAACCAUCAAGACAAAUGGUCAGUCACCAGUGAAAUCUUAUCGUGAGCAAAUUCAAGGAAUGUUAGCACGAUGGCAUCAAUUACAAAAAGAAAAACAACAACAACAACAACAACAACAAAAACAAUAUCAAGGUAUAAAUUUUGAUGAAAUUAUGGAAAAUGAUCUUGCACGACAACUUCAAGAAUUAGAACAACAAGAACAAAAACAAUAUAAUUUAUUGAAACAAACACUGGAAUUAGAAUUGACUCAAGAUGAUGAUCAUUCAUCUAUGGAUGAUGUUGAUGAACGAAGAAAAAAAUUACAAGAAAUUGAAAUAUUAAAACAAUAUGAACAAAAUGAACAACAACAUCAAUAUGAUACAAUGUUACAGAAAUUGAAACAAUAUGAACAACUUCAAACAUUAGAAAACAAUCAAGAAUAUAAACCAAAAACGAAUGAUUCUGCAUAUCAUCAUACAAAAAAAUAUAUUUAUAUUCAUCAACAGAAACAUAUAUUAAAAUUACAAUUAACAAUGAUGAGAGAAAAUCAAAUGAAAACAAGAAAAAUUAUACAUCUUCUUGAAUCAUAUACAAAUAGAGAACAGAUCUAUGUGAUAGAAAAAAGAAAACAAACAAAAACAAAAUAA